UCUGGGCGAGUCCCUGCACUAAAGCUGCCCCAGACAAAGGGACCAAAGGGACCAUCUACCUCCAUGUCCUGUGAGUCUGGAGGGUUGAGAAGCUUCUCGCCCUCAGAACUAGGCUCCUCUCCAGUGUGUGUGGGGACUGAGGGCUGGUGCUGUCUCAGUACUUUACCCUGAAGAACACUGUCUCAUCUCCCUUCACUCUUUCUCUCCUUCCUUUCUUCCUUCCCUUCCCUUCUUUCUCUUCCUUUUCUUGACUUUCCCUCUUAUUUCUUUCCCAGUCCUUCUUUUCUUAUUUCCUUCCCCUCACUCCCCUUCUCUUUUCCUGACUUCCCCUCCCCCUCUUCCUUUCCCUUCCUUCCUUUAUUCCCUGUGUCUUGCUAAUCCGGACUGUCUCUUUAAGAGAGGCAGCCUGUGAUCUAUUCACUCUGGGACUCUGACAGCCAGUUCUGCUUCUCCUGGUGGGUUCUGCUGGACUAUGAUUGGGACCCUCCUGAGCUCAAUCGGGGUCCAGAGUAUAGAGGAAAGGGGUCACUUCUGAUGAUCUGCACACCCCUGGGGGAUCUGUGCCCACAGGACUCCCUGCCUGAAGCCUCUUGGUAGCUGGGCCCUGGCUUUGGGCCAUAAGAGGCUCCUUGAGGUCCGGGAGCUGGAAAAAGGAAGUUGGAAAGUAACUGGAUGUGUUUGAUUGUGCCAAUGAGGACCUAAGGUGCCUUCCUGCUGACCGCCCCAGCCUGCAGUGACCAUGGCCCUCCGUAAGAGGAGUCCCCAUGGCCUGGGCUUCCUUUGCUGCUUCGGAAGCAGUGACCUUCCUGAGAUUGACCUCCGGGACAGCCAUCCAUUGCAGUAUCUGGAGUUCUCCAGUCCCAUCCCGAACCCAGAGGAGCUCAACGUCUGCUUCGCAGAGCUGGUGGAUGAAUUGGACCUCACAGAUAAAAACCGGGAGGCUGUGUUUGCACUGCCACCAGAGAAGAAAUGGCAGAUCUACUGCAGCAAGAAGAAGGAGCAGGAGGACCCGAACAAGCUGGCAACCAGCUGGCCUGAGUUUUACAUUGACCGUAUCAAUGCCAUGGCCACGAUGCAGAACCUGUAUGACACUGAAGACGAGGAGACAGACAAGAGGAGCCAAGUCGUAGAAGACCUGAAGACAGCCCUCCGGACACAGCCCAUGAGGUUCGUGACCCGCUUCAUCGAACUGGAAGGCCUGUCCUGUCUGCUGAAUUUCCUCCGGGGCAUGGACCAUGCCACCUGUGAGAGCCGCAUCCACACGUCUCUCAUCGGCUGCAUCAAGGCUCUGAUGAACAACUCCCAGGGACGGGCACAUGUCCUGGCACAGCCUGAGGCCAUCAGCAUCAUCGCCCAGAGCCUGCGAACAGAGAACAGCAAGACGAAGGUUGCAGUGCUGGAGAUCCUGGGUGCAGUGUGCCUUGUGCCUGGAGGCCACAAGAAGGUCCUACAGGCCAUGCUACACUACCAGGUGUAUGCAGCCGAGCGCACUCGUUUCCAGACUUUGCUGAACGAACUGGAUCGCAGUUUGGGCCGGUACCGGGAUGAGGUCAACCUGAAGACAGCCAUCAUGUCCUUCAUCAAUGCUGUCCUCAAUGCUGGUGCUGGAGAGGAUAACCUGGAAUUCCGCCUCCAUCUCCGGUAUGAGUUCCUGAUGCUGGGAAUCCAGCCAGUGAUUGAUAAACUCCGGCAACACGAGAAUGCCAUCCUGGACAAGCAUUUGGACUUCUUUGAGAUGGUCCGGAAUGAGGAUGACCUGGAGCUAGCCCGGAGGUUUGACAUGGUCCACAUUGACACAAAGAGUGCCUCCCAGAUGUUUGAGCUGAUCCACAAGAAGCUGAAGCACACGGAAGCCUACCCCUGCCUGCUCUCCGUCCUGCACCACUGCCUGCAGAUGCCUUACAAGCGGAACGGUGGCUACUUCCAGCAGUGGCAGCUCCUGGACCGCAUCCUUCAGCAGAUCGUCCUCCAGGAUGAGCGAGGUGUGGACCCUGACCUGGCCCCACUGGAAAACUUUAAUGUCAAGAACAUCGUCAACAUGCUCAUCAAUGAGAACGAGGUGAAGCAGUGGCGAGACCAAGCAGAGAAGUUCCGGAAAGAACACAUGGAGCUCCUGAGCCGGCUGGAGAGAAAAGAGCGGGAAUGUGAGACGAAGACACUGGAGAAGGAAGAGAUGAUGCGGACGCUCAACAAGAUGAAGGACAAGCUGGCCCGAGAGUCGCAGGAGCUGCGCCAAGCUAGGGGACAAGUGGCAGAGCUGACCGGCCCAGUGUCUUCCCCCCCUCCCCCUGGAGGUCCGCUCACCUUAUCUUCCUCCACAACAACCAACGAUCUGCCUCCACCCCCGCCUCCUCUCCCCCUUGACAACUGCACACCCCCACCCCCACCACCCCUCCCUCCCGGAGGACCUCCCAUCCCCCCAGGUGCCCCACCCUGCUUCAGCUCAGGCUCGCCCCCACCUCAUGAACCCCUCUCCAGCAAUGAAGCCCCACUCAGGAAAAAGCGCAUCCCCCAGCCUUCACACCCAUUGAAGUCCUUCAACUGGGUCAAGCUGAAUGAGGAGCGUGUCUCCGGCACCGUGUGGAAUGAGAUUGAUGACUCGCAGGUGUUUCGGAUUCUGGACCUGGAAGAUUUUGAAAAAAUGUUCUCGGCAUAUCAGAGGCACCAGGGUUGCAUGCAGGAGGGUGCCCAGAGAGAGAGAGGAAAUGUGAGAGAUGGAGGGACCGCAAGCAGAUCUCUGCCAGCUGCCGAGACGAAUGACCACAGAACUGAGAAGGCUUCUAGGUCUAUGGUAUCAGCUACAGGUGUCAAGAAAGAACUGGGCUCCACAGAGGACAUCUACCUAGCCUCCCGCAAGGUUAAAGAGCUGUCCGUCAUCGAUGGCCGGAGGGCCCAGAAUUGUAUCAUUCUUCUCUCCAAGUUGAAGCUUUCUAAUGAGGAGAUACGACGGGCCAUCUUGAGGAUGGAUGAACAGGAAGACCUCGCUAAGGACAUGCUGGAGCAGCUCCUCAAGUUCAUCCCGGAGAAGAGCGACGUUGACCUCCUGGAAGAGCACAAGCAUGAGAUUGAGCGGAUGGCACGUGCAGACCGCUUCCUCUAUGAAAUGAGCAGGAUCGACCAUUACCAGCAGCGGCUACAGGCCCUCUUUUUCAAGAAGAAGUUCCAGGAACGGCUGGCUGAGGCCAAGCCCAAAGUAGAAGCCAUCCUGCUGGCCUCCCAGGAGCUGACCCUCAGCAAGCGUCUGAAGAAAAUGCUGGAGGUGGUCCUAGCCAUCGGCAACUUCAUGAACAAGGGUCAGCGUGGGGGUGCCUAUGGGUUCCGGGUAGCCAGCCUCAACAAGAUUGCUGACACCAAGUCUAGCAUUGACAGGAACAUCUCUCUACUUCAUUACCUGAUCAUGAUCCUGGAGAAGCACUUCCCGGAUAUCCUGAACAUGCCCUCAGAGCUGCUGCAUCUAUCCAAGGCCGCCAAGGUCAACCUGGCAGAGCUGGAGAAGGAGGUGGGCGCUCUCAGGAGGGGCCUCCGAGCAGUGGAGGUGGAGUUGGAAUAUCAGAGACAGCAGGCACGGGACCCCAAUGACAAGUUCGUCCCUGUCAUGAGUGACUUCAUCACCGUGUCUAGCUUCAGCUUCUCCGAGCUGGAGGAGCAGUUGAAUGAGGCCAGGGAUAAGUUCGCCAAGGCACUGGCACACUUUGGAGAACAGGACAGUAAGAUGCAGCCGGAUGAAUUCUUUGGCAUCUUCGACACCUUCUUGCAGGCCUUCUUGGAGGCCCGGCAGGACCUGGAGGCCAUGAGGAGGAGGAAGGAGGAAGAUGAGCGGAGGGCACGAAUGGAAUCCAUGUUGAAGGAACAGCGUGAGAAAGAAAGAUGGCAGAGGCAGCGGAAAGUCUUGGUUGGAGGCGCCCUGGAGGAGAGCGGCGAGUUCGAUGACCUAGUGUCAGCCUUGCGCUCUGGAGAAGUUUUCGACAAGGACUUAAACAAGUUCAAGCGCAACCGGAAGCGACCUGGAAACCAGGUCGCAGAGGUCACCCGCGAGCGGGCAAUAAACAGGCUAAAUUAUUGACUUUGGGACUGGGGACUCACCACAUAGCAGCAAGCCUGGAGACAGGGAUUAGGGGAGAGGAGUUGAAUAGAAGAAGCAGUGACUUCUAAUGACUUAAGUGAUUUGGAAAACUGGGUUUGGGAGCCCUGGGCUGGGUCCUGGGGGCAGUGUGCGGUUAGACCGGGGGUCUCCCCGCACUGACAGAGGCUCUUCUCUUGUCUCUGUAUAUUAUCCAUUCUCGUCCAUGUUCUGCCCACCCAUGUUCUGUCCAUCUCCCUGUGUGCCCCUCCCCCUCCUGGCCAUCAUUCUCUAAGACUAGCUUGGGCAUCCCUGGCAGGCCCUCGCAGGCUGGGUGACACUUCUCCAGACCUCACGCUGGCACAGAGCUGUUUAAAACCCAGGAGACAUUCCUGUCCCGACCUUUUGUACAGUAUGUGGUGGUGGAGGGGACCCCAAGAGCUAGCAGUAGGGACUUGAGGCUCCUAUCUGAAGAGACAGCUCAACAAAACGUGGAUCUGGGAUGGGAACCAGGAGGUUUGUGUGUUCUAGCUAGAUAAACUCCAGUAUGUUCCUGACAAACGGGACCAGAGUCAGCAAGUGAGUUAUCUGUCUGCACCUUUUGCCUACACCAAGUCCUGGGGCCUCGAUUCUUCCCUGGCCACCUCCAUCCCACUUACUAAUUUCUGGCCCCCAAAUUCAUCUCCAGUUUCCAGAACUCUGCCUCACCAUCAGCUUAUAGUGAGGUUCUGGUGAGAAGGGGUGUCCAAGGAAGACUCCUGUCAUCACCUCACCAGACUCAGGCAUAGACCCUGAAGCAAACCCUAAGGUGACUUGACCACUGUCUUGGAGAGCCUGACCUCAGGUCCCCACCAGAAGGUAGCACUCAAAUGCUUCGCUCCCCUCAGUUGACUCUCGAUGUGCCACAAUGGCCUCCCAGUCUCCACCUGCAGGGUCACAUGGCGCUCCAUAUACUUGGCUGCAGCUGGCCUUGGGGAAUUGUUCUUGAGGACUAGAACUACUCUCUAUAUUUAACUGUCACUCUGAGGGAGACAAUUAGACUGGGGGCUGAGAAGAGCAGGCAGGAGACGCCCGGGAGAUGAGGGAACGCUUACGUACAUUCCUUUGGUUCCUCAGCCUGACUGCAUGGGAUCACUCUGGCCCUCCGUCCACACUCACCAUGUAUCCUGUCCAUCCGUCUCCAGCCAUUUUGAUGGUAUUGGUGGGGUGGCACUGCUAUACCUAGGCAAAUGUUCUAAAUGAGGUCAACCCCGUGUAGGCUUAUCAAAUGCACUGGUCUCCUCUCAUCUAGAGCUCGAUCUUGCCUGAUUACCAUCCGCCAGCUCCUGGCUCUUCUCCUCUAACACCCCGGCUCAGGGUCAUUGCUAGUGACCGUGGGCUGCCCAGUCCUGGUCCUGUCACUGCCUGCCUUCCUACAGGAGAUUCCCAGGGAGUGGGGCCAUAAUGUUGUGGGGAGGAGAGAUGCAGGCUAAGCUGGGUGUGUGCAUUGGUUUGAAAGGGAUCUCAGCAAAUGGAGGCCUGGCCAGUACGGUAUGAAGCCAGCGUCAGAGCACAGAAGGCUUCUACGGAGACUAGCUAUGAGGAGAGCUUUAAUGCUCACUGGUACACCCAAAGACUCCUUACCCCCCUCAGAAAGCAAGCUAUGAGGACAUUAAAGCUGGUGCUGGACAUCUUCAUAUCCUCUCCCAAACUGGCUGGGAGUCCAGCCUGCCAAGUGAGGGCAGGGGACAGGGAUGGACUACACUGCCGCCCGACAGGCAUGGCCGGGCCUAGCCUUCCCAACCACCAUGAAGACAGGACAUGCACCAGGAGAAAGAAGGAAGAUAGACGUCGAUGAAGAGACACAUUGGCUCUUCAGAAAAGCUGCCUGGCAUCUCUCCAGAGCCCAGCCUUCUUGCCCCAAAGAAUUCUGCCUUCUCUAUUUAUUAUUUUCUGUGGCUGCCUAGUGGUUCCAGUGCUGUGUGUCUUUGUUAACUAGUCCAACAGUGCCUAGGACCUCGGACCAUUACAGGUGACUUAGCAGGAAGUGACUGGUGCCCAGUGGAGGUGGAUAGGCUGGUCCUCGACGUUAAAUGGUGAAGUCUACUCCCCAGCACCCAUCCAACCCUCUGGCCGCCUGUGGGCCAACUGCUCCAGUUAGUUUUGUGCACAUGUAAACUUCAUAGUCCAGCCAACACAUCCCUUCUCAGCAGCGGCAAUUCCCCUCCCAAGAAGGAAGUUUGUUCAGGGGUUGGAAGGACAGAGCUCUCCAGGUGGGUGGAUAUAGGCAUGGGUUCUUCCCAUCCACUCCUAUUGCCCCCACCUGGGGAGCUGUGACCACCUCCCCAGGACAUCGGCCAACCUUCAUGCCAAGGCUGCUCUCACCAGCUGCUGCAGGAGACAAACAAGGUUCAUAUGUACAAAACUCUACGGUGUCCUUUUUACCUGCACCCUUUUAUAAGAAUAUAUUGUAAUACUAAAAAAAAUAUUAAAUUCCUCCCCACCCCUA